AUGCGUCUUUCAACGCUGCUUCUCUGGGCCAACGCGAUCAUUAUUGGAGCUUCACCGCUCCAGUCUAGGUCGCAGAAAUCCAAUAUCGACAGCAUUGAAAAGGAAUUCCCCGGCAUCUAUUGGAAAUUAGCUGCUGACACCUGCACUGAUGACCAAUUUGAUACUCUUUACAGAGCUACCAAAAUGAGCUCGACUAUUUUGCAAGGAGCGGCACCCAGCAAUUUUGGCUCUAAGUCGACCGAUGGUGGCUUCACCGAGAUAUACGACACCGCGGCCUGGAAUCGGUAUUUUUUGUCUCCUGAAAAAGUACACUCGCGUGACCCGUCAUACUCUUGGGCUCUCAAUCCUACGGCUUAUCAGACCGUCAUACACAACAUGCAGCAGGCAGCCUUUUACCCAACCCAAGGAGGUUUCGGCAAAAGCGGCGAGACUCUUCAGGGUAAACAGGUGACAUAUACAUGCAAAGAUAUUCUUAACAACUGUGCAAAAGAAGCAAAUAAGCUCAAGACAUGGACAGGCCCGUCUGCAACAACUAUACAGCCAGAACAUGGCGAAAAUCAAGUCGGUGGAAUUUUGGUCCAAUUUUGUCCACGUUUCUUCAGUGACGAGGUGGAACACAUUGACGACGUUGUUAAGGGCUUUAAAACGGCCAACAGGAGAAUGAGUUGGAACGGAAUUGCCAAUCUUAAGAUACAUGAGCAUACCAUAUUGCACGAGUGGAUGCAUUGCAAUAUCUUUGGAUAUUCUCCAUACAACCCAGACACAUUCAAGACUGAAGCAAUUAUUCCGGACAUUAAGAAGUCCGGCCUGCCAGGUUUUGCUGAUGGGGUGGUUAUGUAUGGAGACGACUAUGCGUAUAAGUUUGCACGAAAAUACAACGCAAAUUCUAAGUUCGGAGCAGCCAACUUGGAGACUGCAAGAAAUGCCGACAGCUAUGCUUUGUUUUACGUCUACAGUUAUUUGAACAGCGAAUUCGAUUGGAGCACAGAUGGGUCAGAGACCGUUGAGAAACGCGACAGCGGCGCCAGCGAGACCGUGGUUGUAGAUGAUGACAACUAUGGAAACGCCCGGGAUCUAUCAGACCUGGACGAGAUGACCGAUCCAGACAACUGUUCCUUUGAUGGAACCAAUAGUACCCUCAGUGUCGCCUGUGUAUUUGAAGCCAACUAUGCCGACCUUGCACUGUCAAACAACACUGACUACGAAUGUGAUACUACUCGGACUUCAAGCGUGCCUGCUGAGAUCUUCGGAGGCAUGUACAGUAAGUUCUGCGCCAAGGUUGAUGAGAAAUCAAUGUUGAGCUGGUUGGUGAACUAUGAGGGGAAUGAAAAGUUCCAGCUCCAAAAGCGUACCCCCCCAGCGAACCCUUCAGACUACAAGGGGGUGAUCGGUUAUUUGAGCUUCCAGAAGAAAGAUGGUGACACAAAGUGCUCAAAGAGCUGCUCAGAAGCGUUCGAGUAUCUCAAAGCGUGCCCCUGUGGAACGACCGGACAAGGGAUGUACAGUAUGGCAACGGAGGGAUCUCUUGAUGUGGGUUGCGGAAUCUAUCAGUUCAGUGGUCUUGAAAACAGUCAAUGA